CUGUUUCCAGCAAAUUCGCCUCGAAAGCCAUCGGAUGCGUCUGGAGGUGCGUCGUCUCCUAGUUCUAAACAUGCUCCUGAUUGUAGUGCACCAUCUACGACGACGGGGACAUACGACAAUGCGAUGUUACGAAGGUCUGAUGAAACCCGAGAAAGCUCUGUAGAGGACAACUCAACAGCGACCAUUUGCUCGCAACCGACAGGACAUCCGAUUCAUCGCACAUGGAAUAGUCGGAUGUAUGACGCCGAACGCGGAAUUGCCCGAUUUCCCAUUACAUCGCCGAUGAACAAAACUCGUCAUCAAAAAUCGAAAAGGACCAGUGACACACUUCCGCUGAGCUUUACUGGAGUGCGGAUGGGAACAGGACAACAACGAGGUAGCAUUCUGCCGUCUGAUCCGCAGAACUGUAUCUAUCGUGCACCACCGGUUUAUGACGUCUGGCAUCAGAAGUUUGUACAAAGUGAUGGAAUAACGCACACCUAUAAUCCAGCGUUUCCAUAUGAUAAUGUUCCGAAGAAUCUGCUGACAUACGACAAUGCUCCGCCACCAGGACAUAGGUUGGUUUUUCAUUUACUUUUUUAUUUACUUCAAUAA